AUGGGCAUUAUUCCGGUUGCCUGCCUCUUCGCGGCCCUCCUGCUAUUCGCCUUCGGCACGCGCUUGAAGCCUGGCUGUUCUCGGCGCCGUUCGGCCGUCAUACACCUCGCGGUCCUCCUAGCCAGCAUUGUCACCGAAGGAGGCCCUUCCUCUGUGAUCGGUACGGAGGGCCUCUCCGUUCGCGAGAGGCUGGGCACGGUACUCGGCUGCUGGAUCUAUCCGGAUUACCAAGCCUCCCCGGCUGACGACGCCGAAAACGGCCAGUCAACCGUCAUUCCCUUGCACGAAAAGCUCUCACACUUCGUAGCGGUGUCCUCCCUCCAAUUCGCCUACUCGAUGCUGGUUCCUCUCAUCUUGAAAUGGCUGCAGGCCACGCAGGAGGACUUCGCGCCGGCCAAAAUGGCCUCGUGCUCCCCCAUGAAUCUUCACGACCUCGGUAUCAGGGCAUUUAUCAUCUUCCACUGA